AUGUUCAGUGCAGCACGGAGAGCGGCGAGUCGCGCAAGCACAUCGCGCGCAUUCGCUUCGCGGAGACUACUCUCCUCGUCCGUGGCACGUCGGUCAGAUGCGCUGUUCGUUCACCGUGACACCAGCUUUAACAACCCAAAAAUUCCCUUCGAAUUCAACGCAGAGAACCUCAAACGCGCAAAAGAAAUCAUCUCGCACUAUCCACCUCAAUACAAGAAAGCCGCCGUUAUCCCUUUGUUAGAUCUCGGGCAACGGCAAAACGAUGGAUGGACUAGUAUUAGCGUGAUGAAUUACGUUGCGCAGUUGUUGGAGAUGCCACCUAUGCGGGUAUAUGAGGUUGCUACGUUCUACACUAUGUUCAACCGCUCUCCAAUAGGCAAGAAUUUCGUUCAAGUCUGCACGACGACACCAUGCAUGCUGCGCGGUUCAACCGAGAUCCUCAACACCGUCUGCCAACACCUCGGAGGCAUCAAACCGGGCGAAACGACAAAAGACGGCAAGUUCACCGUAAUAGAGGUCGAAUGCCAGGGUGCAUGUAGUAAUGCACCUAUGAUGGUCGUCAAUGACGAGUAUUACGAGGACCUCACGGCCGAAUCGACGGUCAAAAUUCUUGAUACGUUCGCGAAGGGACAGACGCCUACGCCGGGACCGCAGAGCGGAAGGAAGACGUCUGAGAACUCGGCUGGACUUACGGCUUUGACUUCAAAGCCUUACGGACCGGGAGAGUUUUGCCAACCAGAGUUCGCAUAGAAGUAAUACUUGUUAAUAUAACCAAUUUGUUUUCCAC